AUGCCGCCGAGUUUGCCAAGACGACGGAAUGCAUGGGACUGUCCACCCUCGAAGCGGCAAGUGGUGACCAUUGGUAUCUGCAUCGGGAACGCUGUCGCAUUUGUGAUGUUCCUCUUCCCACUUUUGUAUGAGCCCUAUCGACUUCUUUUCAGCAUCAUCUUCGGCUUCUCAUUUGUGCUGACGGCAGUUUUCGGGAUCUUCACCAUGACGGUGGACCCGAUGGAUCUCAAUGUUUCACGAGCUGAAGAGGGGUUGCAGCCAGAGCAUGAUGCCAUGGCCUAUUGCAAGAACUGCCGGGUGAACGUGCAGCUGGAUUCGAAACACUGCUGGGAUUGCAACAAAUGUGUCUCAAAUUAUGACCAUCAUUGCCCAUGGCUGAAUACAUGCAUUGGAACCCGGAAUUACUUCUAUUUCUACGUAUCGAUUUGGUCCCUUCUCGUAAUGCUUGCGACAAGCUCCACGGCUGACGUCUUGGUCAUUGUGGAACAUGCCAGGGACUCGACCAACGCGCUUGGUCUCGGCAGUGUACUGGUUUGGCUCAUCAGCAUCAUCUUGGCGCUGGUGGAUAUUCCACUAUGCUUCUUAGAUUCGACACUCGUGGCGUUUCAUACGUACCUCUGUGUCCUGGACAUCACCACGUAUGACUACCUGACAGGGAAAACUUCACAGAAAAAAGCCAGGUGGAAAGAGCAACGGGAGUGCGAGACGCAUGAGGGCAGGGAAGUGCAGCGAAGUGACCUCGCUGUGCGAAACCGCCGCAUGCUGGACGCUGUACCGCACUUCGGUGGCGCCCCCGCGCCCAAUCGGCGACCAGACAAGGAGGAAGAGCUGGAGGAUAGUUCAGUUUCCUCUUCUGCCGAGUCUUCUGACGGCUCCUACUCCGAAGGUGGUGGCGCGGUCUUCCGCAGUUUCGUCGCACAGGAGGGCGACACCGAAGUGAAGAAGGAAGUGAGCAACUUCGUGUUUGGUUCCUCCGUUAGGGAGGUGGAGGAACCCCAGAUGAGUCCCACACCGACAAUUCCGGCAGAGUUAUCACUCCGUGCGAACGUCGGCAGAGACAACGCGGUCUGA